AUGGGGCAUGAUGUAUUAGUUUUAUUUGAUUCUGGCGCAACCCAUUCUUUUAUCUCUAAUGCUUGUGUGGGCAGAUUGAGUCUGGAGACACAUGACUUGGGGUGUGAGUUGCUUGUUUCAACUCCUUCCUCAGGUCAGGUAGCUACUAGUUCAGUCUGUGUUGGGUGUUCAAUGGUGGUGGUAGGUCAUAGAUACAAGGUGAACUUGGUGUGCUUGCCCUUGGAGGGACUGGAUGUGAUAUUGGGCAUGGACUGGUUGUCUAACAAUCACAUCAUAAUUGAUUGUGGAUGGCGCAGUUUGGUAUUCCCAGAACAUGAAGGGUUGGAAUUAAUAUCAACUCGGGAAGCUGUGAAAGCACUACAAGAUGGGGCCAUGUGCUUUAUGGUGGUGGCCAAGCCAAAGGAGAAAAGUGUUGCGGAGGUGAUCCAAUCUAUACCGGUGGCUAGCGAGUAUGCAGAUGUCUUUCCAGAUGAAUUGCCAAGAUUGCCGCCUAGUAGAGACAUCUAG